AUCUCAGCUUUAGCAAUUCAACUUGGGAGAAAUGUCUGGAGUUCUUCACGCAAAUGGAACCACUUUGGGAAGGUGCAUGUGCAUCAUCACAGGAGCUUCCAAAGGAUUCGGACGGGCACUUGCGAAUCUUGCGGCAGGCUACCUCAAGCCGGGUUCCGUGUUGCUGCUGGUGGCUCGCUCCACGAUUUUGCUCCAGCAGUUGAAGGAUGAACUGCUGCAAAACCUCAAGGACAUCCAGGAUGUGACCAUUUACUGUACGGCAGCAGAUCUGGGCACAAAAGAUGGCGUGGAAAUCACCGUGGACAUGACAAGACAGCAGAGUCACAAAGAAAUAGACCACGUGCUUCUUAUCAAUAACGCCGCCUCAUUGGGUGACAUCUCCCCGUUUGAGAACUUCACUGACCUCGACGGGGUCAAUUCCUACCUGGCCUUCAAUAUUAGCUCCGUGCUGGCGCUGACCGCGGGAGUGUUGCAGGCCUUUCCACCACGAGCUGGACUGCGAUGGAGUGUGGUCAACUGUUCCUCAAUCUUUGCUGUGCAGCCGCUGCCCUCCUGGGUGCUCUACUGCACCGCCAAAGCAGCCAGGGAGAUGAUGUUCAGGGUGCUGGCAGCUGAGAAUCCUAACGUCAAAGUGCUCAGCUACUCGCCAGGGCCAAUGGACACAGAGAUGCAGGAGGAUAUUCGAAGAUUGACCGGCAUCCAGUAUCAUCUGCACCCAUGUCAUGAAUCUGCAACCAAGCUAAUGAGACUUCUUUUAGACAAUGAUUUUGCCACAGGCUCACAAAUUGACUUCUUUCAAUUGUAA